ACUGUAUUGGUGUCACUGGGGAUGUCAGUGACACCAAGUCAGUGAUCAGUGCUAAUAAAAAGCACUGACACUGUACUAAUGGCACUGGGCAGGAAGGGGUUAAUAUCUGGGGCAAUCAAAGGGUUAACUGUGUGCUGUUUCACUGUGUACUGUGUAUGUUUUCCACUGUAAGCACACUGCUUUGUAUGGCUCUGCUAGGCAGAGCCAUACAAAGCAGCAUGCUGGAGCUAAAGGGGGAGAGAUCUGUGUUGUUUACAUACAGACCUCUCCCCCGUCAGUGAUACUCAGUGAUUGUCGGGUGCCGGUGGGGAAUCA